CCAGUAGAUAUGGGCGAAAUUUUUGAAUCUUACAGGGGGGGAGACAUCUCUAAUUGAAAUCUGUUGAACCAUUCUUUGAACUUUCAACCAUACACAUUCGUACCAUCGAUUCGGACAGUAAAGUGUAAUUUUUGAUUACCUAAACAAUAACUGUCCACAAGGUUUGACAGGCUAUGAAUAAUGCAUAAAAUAUCCGUUCGGUGUGCUUCUUUGCUUUCAAUUGCAAUUGCCGUGAGUGUUGAUGUGCUUGCGGCUAUUAAGAGCGACGAAAAAUCGCCACGUAUUGCGAUUAUCGGAGGAGGAAUAGCCGGAUCUGCCUCUGCGUAUUUUUUGCGUGAAUUAUUUGGAAAAACAGCACACAUUGCUGUCUUCGAGAAGAGUGAUCGCAUCGGAGGUAGAUUAUCCACCCUGACUUGCUUCGGAGAGAGGUUUGAAUCAGGGGGGAGCAUCAUUCAUCCAGACAACUUGUACAUGAGAAGAUUUGCAGAAUUGUUGGGUCUUGAGAAGAGAAGUGUUUCCGGAGGUCGCUUCUCACUUUUUGAUGGCAAGAGCAUUAGAUUUUCAACAUCUCCUACGGAAUGGGAAACAUCACUUCGAUUAUUUUGGCGUUAUGGAUGGAGCACUGUUCGAAUGAGUUGGGCGACGGAUGAUUUACUUCACAAAUUCAAGAAUAUAUAUUCCAUACAAGGAAACAACAAUGCCUUUCAAACAGUUGAAGAUUUGCUGCAAGCUAUAACUGGUGAUAAUACAUUUUACAGACUCACACAGAUUACCUUGCGGGAAUAUUUGGUUGAGCAGGGUCUCUCAAAGGAUCUCAUUGAUGAAUUGAUAACAGCGGUGACAAGAAUAAAUUAUGGUCAAAACACAGAGAUUAGUGCUUUGGCAGGUAUGAUAGCCAUUGCUGGUGUUGCAUUCAAACUUUGGGCUGUCGAAGGUGGUAACUGGAAGGUGUGCGAUGGUUUGCUCAAUGUCACUCAUGUUGUUGUUAACAAGAACGUGCAGAUCAUUGAUAUUAUCAAAGAGCAGAACCCUGCUGACAUUCAAAAACCUGUGUAUUAUCUGCGUAGUGUGAAUGCUGUGAUAGAUGUCCCAUUUGAUGUCGUGAUAAUGGCAUUUCCACUGGAGAUUCGUGAAAAUUACGUCACGUGCAACGAGUGCGAGAAUUGGCCCGUGAGACGUGAUUUGCCGACAUUUCACGUGACUGUUGCAACGUUUGUUAAUGGUACUCCAAGUACCGACGUUUUUCAAACUCCUUCAAAUACGUAUGGAACAAUGGAAGAACCUGACAUAUUUUUCAAUUCAAUUGGCAAGCAGUCGUCUGUUGACAAAGAAAGAAAAGACAUUAAAAGUGGAAACAUCAGCGUAUGGAAAAUAUUCAGUAGAACACCAUUGACAGACGAGCAGAAACAAUGGCUUUUUCAUAAUCAUACAGAAUGCAACGAAGUGCAAUGGCUAGCUUAUCCGCAUUACACAGUGCCCCAAAAGUUUUUGUCUUUUAUCCUUGACCAUGGUGUGUUUUAUGCGAAUGCAAUUGAAUGGGCAGCAAGUGCAAUGGAAAUGUCUUGUUUGGCUGCGAAGAACGUCGCGUUAUUGACUGAAAGAUAUCUCAACUUGACAAAACCACGUUCUCGCGAAGGAAAUCAGCACGAGGAACUUUGAUUGUCAUAAUCUAGUGAUGUUUUACGAAAACAUGCAUGUAUGUAAAGUAGCAAUGGCGGAAUUUCAUUUCUGGAGGAGCGAGGGGAGCGCGUCGCAAAUUUUAGACGAUUUUUUUGAAACUCACGGACAAACGCCAAAUGAAAAAAGAUUUCACAAACACAACACACCAUACGGUUAAAAAAUAGGUUGCUUGGUCUGGUGUUGACUGAUACAUAGAAGUCAGUUAUAUGUUCAGUUCAUGGUUGAAUUUCGACGUAUUUCUAUAAUCAAUUGGGAUUGAUGGAGGAUUUCCUGCCUUUUCUAGGGCAGCCGUUUAGACAUAUCCAGGACAUGACAAGAAAACAGCUUGAAGAUGUUCACGUUUGCGUAUGAAUUGCCGAGAGGAAGUGCCUUUAAGCAACAACAUUUCGCGCGAAUUUCGGUAUAUUCAAUUGCUUUUACUAUUUCGACUAAAAGGAAAAUUUCCGACAAAUCGCCGAUUUUAAGGAAUCCGAGCGUUGGGCGCAGCUGACGCACAACUUCACCGAUAUUUCCGCGGAUGUAAAGUGGUACGAAUAAGAAUGUAGGAUACUAGGAACGUGUACCAGUAAAAAAAGAUAAGUCAGAAGUUUCGAGUUUUCAAUGAUAAAAAAGUUAAAUAAAUUCAAUAACUGUAUCACGCAUUUGGACACAUAAGGCUCGUAUUAACUAAAUCUAUUGGUCAUCCUCGGUAGCCUACCAAUUUGCGUUAGUACGUCGUUGAUGCGCGCAAUCUUUUCAUUUUUUUCAUCAAUUUCCUUUUGACACGACUCUUUACUCUUUAAGGUAGUCUUUAGUUCUGUUUGCAGUCUCGUAAAUUCGUUUUUGUGGUGCUCCUUUAACAAAUCUAUGGCAUGCUCCGUCUUUUUUUGUAAGACUUCAAACUCUGAACGCGUCUCGCUCUCCGUCUUCUCAGCAGCUGAAAAAGAAAACAAUGUGAUCUAAUAGGAAGUAUGAAACAAUUACUUAAUCCUUUACGUGAUAGGAUCGCUUGCUGAUCUAAGCACGGGUAUUGACCAAUCAGAGCACGCGUUAUCUAGAUAGUGGAAAGUUACAUCGGUGUAAAACAUACAGUUGAAAUUUAGUUUUAAAAUGAAAAACAUUUUAUGAAAUUGGUA